GAUUAAUCAAUGUGAGGAUAAAAGUUUUAUAUUAAUUUCAAGUAAUGUAUUAUUACGCUGAUAGUAUUCUUCCUUUCUUGUUCCACCAUUUUCGUGUGAACGUGUGUAUUGUGUGACUGUACUUUAUUAUUCAUCAUGUCAGCAGACUUGCAGUGGAUGAUAUUGAGGAACACUUCUAGUUUCAUUGUGAAGAAAAGAAACAUUAAGAAGUUUUUCAGCAAAGAGCCACUGAAUCCCAAGAAUAUUCAUUCUCCAAGAUACACUGGUACCAUUCAUAAGAAAGCUUUUACUGUGGAGCCACACCCUGGUGGGAAAGGUGUGAAUUUGGUGUACAAGAAGAGAAAGUACCAGAACCGACCAGACAAGAACAUAGCUCGUGUGCAAUUCACAAGAGAUGCCCGUCGCACCAUGACAGGCAUUAAGAAAUUUGUUAAUUCGAACCGGUAUAGACGUGAUCUUAAAAUGCUUGCACUCCGUAGAGCCAGUGCUAUUCUUCGCAGCCAACGACCUGUAGUACCCAAGAAAGGACAACGUAAGAAGGCAGAUUAAGAAAAUUGUUAUUUGGAACAUAUGUAAGAAAAGUGAAUAAAACUUAUGUUCAUUCUCUGA